UCCCCACAAACCGAAUGAAAAGCGUUAAAUUUAAAAUUGAAAUAGAAAAUUUCAUAUUUUUUGCAACACAUUGUGCAACGUUUUGUUUUUGUAAAUGUAUUUAUUGUUUGAGUAUUUUAGCUGGCUAUUUUAAAUUGUUUCAUUGUCGUGCUUCUGUGCACGAAUAUUCAUAAACAUGUGCGUGUGGUGUUCAUCAAAUAAUCAAUAGAAGCAUUCAAGAUAUCUCAAUGAUAAUUUGUGAUUGAUUAUUUAUCCGACAUUGUUCUUUUGUAGUUUUCAAAGCUCGUGGGAAAACUUUUGUUUGGGUUGAAAACAUGACAAGGUGUGUUAGCGCUGAAUAAUUUAACAAUGAUUUAACUUAGAAAUCUUUAUAUAAAUGGAGCAUUUUGUUAUCGGUUAUCCAUUCCUGCUCAUCAACCAUGGUGUAUCGUUUUUCCUUUACGAAGGCUAUUCAAAACGUUCUUGCGCAAACCAGUUUACAUGGAGUGUUCCAUCUUGUCCAUAAACGAAGCACGUACAUUGAAAAAUUAAUAUGGUUUGGCAUCAUUUCGAUGGCACUGUUUGCUGGCUGUUACAAUGUUGGAAGCUUCUGGGUGCGUUACUGGACCAACCCCACCGUCAUAGCACUAGAUCGCGACUAUCAUCUGUGGAAUACAACAUUUCCCAGCCUGACCGUGUGCUUCCAGAAGCGACUGAAUGAACAGGCGCGUGACGAAAUGCUAGCUCGCAUUGAUCCUGAACUGGCCCCUCGAUAUGGUGAAUUUAUCGAUACUCUUCUGGAGAGUGACAUUGAAAAUGUGGGCCGUUUGGCCGAGUUUGAUGAGUUCGAAGGUGUCGAUCUGAGGGAGUUACUGAACGAGCUUACCGAUCGACCGAACGCUAUCAUCACGAUGGAGGGUGAUCUACAGGGCACAUUGAUACGAUCGUUAACGGAAAUGGGGAUAUGUUACACGUUUAACACGGCUAUUGGAAGGUACCUGAGCAUCGAUGCAUAUGCUGGGGAUGAAAAGCUUUACGAAGUUAGUGUUUUCAACGGCGAAGCUUCGGCAACGAUAUCUAACUGUACGUCGAAUGCUAAUAUUUAUUUCCACAGUCCAUACGAAAUGCCGACGAUUAGAAAAUCGCUCCUAGUCGAGCGUGGAUUUUUCACAUUCACCAAAAUGGAUUUCAACGCCCUCGCCAUCACUUCCGUUCCUGCUUUGAGAAGCUUAAGCAUAAAGCAACGAAAGUGUCGAUUUCCGCAUGAAUCGAACCUGAAGUUCUUCCCAGACUAUUACUCCUACGGGUUAUGUUUACUGGAAUGUAAAUUCUACCUAUUUCUCAAGCACUGCGAUUGUAUCCCAUACUUUUAUCAAAUAUCAGAUCGCUCAAGGUAUUGUAAACUAACGCAGUUGGCGUGUGUGGAGCUGUACCAAAGCUACAUCUCAUUUCUAACGGCCGACGAGCUGCGGGAAAUUUUCGGUGCAUGUAAUUGCAUAAAAAAUUGCGACGAUAUCACGUUCACGCUGCAACAGUAUGGUUCAACGUUCUGGUUUAAUGAUCCAGUUAUUAAGUGGAGCAUUCGCAUACCGAAAAUACGUUACAGCCGAGGAAUCAUCUACGACUUUAUAGACGCGAUGGUGUCUACAGGAAGCAUACUGGAGUUUUUCUUCGGCUUCAGCAUCAUCACACUGAUCGAGCUUGCAUACUUUUCGAUGAGAAACUUAAUUUUGGCAUGCCUUCGCGUUAAAAUGAUACGCACCAUGUGCAAACGCAAGCAGAGAAACAUGAAAAAUAUUACGCCUCAGACUAUCACUAAAAAAGCACAGGAUAAAUCAAUCAUGGUAAAAUAA